AUGUCCUUCAAGGAGGUGGCUGUGUUCUUCACAGAGGAGGAAUGGGCUCUGCUGGAUCCUGCCCAAAGAGCUCUGUACUGGGAAGUCAUGCAAGAGAAUUAUGCGACUGCAGCCUCUCUGGGUAAGGAGCUUGGCCCUUUUAUCCUGUAUGUGGGAGAGGAUUCGUCUGACUUUGGGUUCCUGGACCAUUCCUUGAUUCGCAGCACCAUCCCAGAGAAAUGUGUUUCCUCCAAAUCUCUGAAGAAUCGGGCAGGUGUGCUGGUGUCACCUUCUCAGUGUGGGAAGAACUUCAGUCGGAAGGAUAGCCUUAGUUUACAUCAACGCAUUCACACUGGGGAGAAGCCAUGUAAAUGCUUGGAGUGUGGGAAGAGCUUCUCUCACGGUAGCGACCUCACUAAACAUCAAAGGAUACACACAGGGGAGAAGCCAUAUAAAUGCUUGGAGUGCGGUAAGAGCUUCUCUCAAGGUAGCGACCUCACUAAACAUCAAAGGAUACACACAGGAGAGAAGCCAUAUAAAUGCUUGGAGUGUGGGAAGAGCUUCUCUCAAGGUGGCUUCCUCACUAAACAUCAAAGGAUACACACAGGAGAGAAGCCAUAUACAUGUCUGGAGUGCCGUAAGAGCUUCUGCCAGAAACACCACCUUACUUUACACCAGAAACUUCACACAGGGGAGAAGCCAUAUAAAUGCUUGGAGUGUGGGAAGAGUUUCUCUCAAGGUAGCGACCUCACUAAACAUCAAAGGAUACACACAGGAGAGAAGCCAUAUACAUGUCUGGAGUGCAGUAAGAGCUUCUGCCAGAAGCACCACCUUACUUUACACCAGAAAAUUCACACAGGUGAGAAGCCAUAUACAUGCUUGGAGUGUGGGAAGAACUUCAGUCGGAAGGAUAGCCUUAGUUUACAUCAACGCAUUCACACUGGGGAGAAGCCAUUUAAAUGCUUGGAGUGUGGGAAGAGCUUCUCUCACGGUGGCUUCCUCACUAAACAUCAAAGGAUACACACAGGAGAGAAGCCAUAUACAUGUCUGGAGUGCGGUAAGAGCUUCUGCCAGAAGCACCACCUUACUUUACACCACCAGAAUCUUCACACAGGGGAGAAGCCAUAUAAAUGCUCGGAGUGUGGGAAGAGCUUCAAUUGGAAGAACAGGCUUACUUUACACCAGAAAAUUCACACAGGGGAGAAGCCAUAUACAUGCUUGGAGUGUGGGAAGAACUUCAGUCGGAAGGAUAGCCUUAGUUUACAUCAACGCAUUCACACUGGGGAGAAGCCAUAUAAAUGCUUGGAGUGUGGGAAGAGCUCUCACGGUGGCGCCCUCACUAAACAUCAAAGGAUACACACAGGAGAGAAGCCAUAUACAUGUCUGGAGUGCGGUAAGAGCUUCUGCCAGAAGCACCACCUUACUUUACACCAGAAACUUCACACAGGGGAGAAGCCAUAUAAAUGCUUGGAGUGUGGGAAGAGCUUCUCUCACGGUGGCGCCCUCACUAAACAUCAAAGGAUACACACAGGAGAGAAGCCAUAUACAUGUCUGGAGUGCGGUAAGAGCUUCUGCCAGAAGCACCACCUUACUUUACACCAGAAACUUCACACAGGGGAGAAGCCAUAUAAAUGCUUGGAGUGUGGGAAGAGCUUCUCUCACGGUGGCGUUCUCACUAAACAUCAAAGGAUACACACAGGAGAGAAGCCAUAUAAAUGCUUGGAGCGUGGGAAGAACUUCAGUCGAACGUACCACCUUACUUUACACCAGAGAAUUCACACAGGGGAGAAGCCAUAUGAAUGCUUGGAGUGUCGGAAGAGAUUCAGCCAGAAGCCCCACCUUACUUCACAUCAACGCAUUCACACUGGGGAGAAGCCACAUAAAUGCUUGGAGUGCGGGAAGAGCUUCUGCCGGAAGAACCACCUUACUUUACACCAGAGAAUUCACACAGGGGAGAAGCCAUAUGAAUGCUUGGAGUGUGGGAAGAGCUUCAGCCAGAAGCCCUACCUUACUUCACAUCAACGCAUUCACACUGGGGAGAAGCCA